CUUCCAUGUGUGGUAGGUACGCUUUGGCUGUUGCACUGCAUUCAGUCGUGUAGUGUGGCUGCGGCCAAUGAGUGUGGAGUGUGGAGGUUUCCCCCCGCUACUUGACAUGUGAGGCUGGACAUGGACCAGGUCACCUUCCGCAGUGACACCGUGCUUUCCGACGUGCACCUGCUGUUUCCCAAUGCCCGCCAUCUCAUGACCCGCCUCAAUGCUGUGGGACAGCCAGUCUUCAUUUCCCGGUUUAACAUCCUGCGAGACAGCGAGGGAGCGGGCGAGGCCGGGGACGGAGCCUCUACGGCGGACGCCGGCGAUGACCCUGGCGAUGACGCCGGCGCGGUGAGAGGAGGAGAAGAGGAGGCCCAGCGAGGGAGGAGGAAGGAGCGCGGGACCCAGAUCAGCGCUUCCCUGGACGAGGACGGAGACCUGGACGUGAUGCGGAGACCCACGAACCCCACCGCCCAGGAGCCGGGCGUGGCCACGCGCCACGCCAUCUGUCCCAUCGUCCUGACCCAGGGAGGAGGCGCGCCCGCGGAUGCCGAGGAGGAGGAGGAGCCCGGUGAGGGAGAGGAGCUCAGAGCAGAUGUGCUUAUAAUCGAACAUACAAUGGCUACACCCAUGGAAGAUGUCGGAAAACAGGUCUGGCGUGGUGCUAUCCUAUUGGCUGAUUUCAUUCUCUCUCAGCCAAUACUAUUCCAGGGAGCCACUGUGCUGGAACUUGGAGCCGGGACUGGAAUUACCAGCAUCGUCGCGGCAACGUUGGCUAAAAGGGUUUACUGCACAGAUGUGGGGCAGGAUCUCCUGAGCAUGUGUCAGCGCAAUGUGACAUUAAACAGACAUCUGCUGGAUCCUGCAGAUAAAGUACGAAUCCGUGAACUUGACUGGCUUGGAGACGAGUUCAGCACAGAGACUGGGACAGAGUUCAGUUGGACAGAGGAAGAAGUGGCGGACCUGCAUGACAAUGCCACCUUGCUGCUGGCUGCUGAUGUGUGCUAUGAUGAUGAGCUCACCAAUGCCUUCUUCAGAACGAUAUACCGGCUCACCAGUCACUUCCGUCACCCCAGCACCAUUUACCUGUCCAUUGAGAAAAGGCUGAAUUUCACUCUGCGGCACAUGGACGUGUCCUGCGAGGCCUACGACCACUUCUGCCGCUGCCUGGACGACCUGGGGGACAUGGCCGAUGGCAGAACCAGGUUCACGGUGGAGCGGGUCGCCCCUCAGUUCCCGCAGUUCUUCUACUAUGAGCGCAUAGAGCAGCUGGAGCUGUGGAAGGUAACGGCAUCUCCCCUUUAAGGCCAUACGUUUUGGAUGGCUGCAAUCAGGUGCUUGUAUGACCCGGUGGACUCUUGGGAGAAGGAAAGUUCUGGAACCUUUCAACACCAGUGAAUACCAACUCUAAACCACCAGUGUAGAAAAGUUAAUGCUUUAUGAGUUGUGUGUGAUUUUUGUGUGUGGGAUUCAUUUUUAAAUAAUUUCUUAUUUUUUAAAUGCAUUACAAAAGUAUUCAUGUCAUAAUUUUAGACUUAAAAAGAUUAAACAGGUAAUUUUGGACUCGUAACGUUCAAAAGAAGAAUUGCGGCAACAAACACUCUCAAACCACAACAGUGUUUAUCCCUCCUCAUUCUCUGUUGAAACGCCAUUAGCUGUGGCAAUUAGAACCAAUUUUCCACCGAUGAGCUUGAAUUAUCGUACAGCUGUACAAUGUUUUGGUACAGAGUGUCGGUGCAUCAACGGUAUAUUUUGAAACCCGAAUUUAAGGACUAUAAACAUAGGCGGAGGGUGAGUCAACAUGUCAGUGAGCAUUUUUCAAUGAUAGGGAGGGAAUUACAAUGGUCUUGUAAAAAUCUUACCUAUUGUACCUUUAAAAAGGGUGCAUCGAUCUAAAUGUUUACAGUCACUACAUUCAUCAGAGACGAUCGUUCUUCAGUUGAGAUGAGGCUGUCGUUUUAGAUGAAGAUUACAGCCGGUGCGCUGCCUUCAUUGUUGUCCUGUGUGCCGUUUCCAUCCUGCAGCCCUGUAGCAAUGUUCUAGCAGAAGGUAAUCACCAGCAUAUAGCACCAUUUUGCUGUAGAAGUAACUGAAUCAGUAUUGAAUCCUUAGCCUCAUAAAAUCUCAAACAGGAGAAUGGAUUUUUUAUGAAUACAAUCGCAGAAUGUCCUCACACCCCUCCUCAGCACUUUAAUGCGAUUAACGGUUUUUCUUUUGUUUUCAGAAGGUUUGUUUUGUUUGGUUUGUUUUCAUAAUAGAUUCUGAAACCAAAUAAUACAAGGGACAAGUUAUAUAGUUUUUAGCAGGCAACUUAUGUUUUUAUCUCCUGCAAAAUAAUGUGAAUUUGUCGAACAGAAUGUGGCUAUUUUAGCUGUAUCUGUAUGUUUUUCAAAACAAAUAUAGGAAUUACAACAAGGUUUGGUACAAUAGAUGGUGAAUGUAAACUUAUUUAAAAUAUUUUAAUUUACAUUGCUAAACUGUAUAUUAAU